CCGUCUUGCAAAGCGUCGAAAGGCAACUAAUACCGUUAGCUCCUUUAGCGUUUCUUAUAUUCUAAUUUAUCGACUGUAAUGGAAGACCAUCUUACUAACCGUCAUCAUGGAAGGGAGUGUGAUCGUUGCGCCAUUCUGUGCUUCAAGGAACCGUAUAUCAGUACUACAGGUUUCCAUAAUGGCGACUGUUACGUGGAUUUAUCGACCUUGAGUCUGCUGGCGUGUACUAUGCGAUUGCCAUGAUCGAUGUAGAAAAGCAGCGUGUCACAAAUGUGUUCCUCAGAGGGAAAGAGAAAGAGGAAAAGAGCGAGAAUCAGCAGACUCAGGAUAGAAUGCUCCGAACGGCUGGAAAUUCUCUUUCCACCAUACACAGAUGCUGCGCUCCCCACCAUGCUCACGAAGGCACUAUCCCCACCAUGGUUCACGACGGUGGCAGUCCCACCAUUCUCGGCAGCGUCGGCAUCCCGAGCCGCCUACCGCAGUUCAAUAGAGUAUAUAAGCCGUGUAGAAUGGUCAUUCUGCCUUUCACUUCUCGGAGGUUACUUCUUUGUCAAAACCUCGAAGUUAUACUUUCGUCAGAGGUGCGUACAAAUCGCACGAGCAGAAGACAACUUCCUACAAUCCUCCUUACUAUUCAGCCUGAAAACCUCCAAGUUAUACUUUCUACAUACUCACGUAUGCCGAGAACGAGUCGUGUCGAUAGGAAUUAUCUUUUGUACCGUCUUCUCGCGAAGUUAUAUGAUAUCCAUAUGUACUUUACCGAUGUCAUCGGGAUCUAUGGCAGCAAGGAAGCGAGCAAGGAGAACGAAGGGCCUUACCGUCUCAUCUCGAUUACGUUCAACAGGAAGCCUGUAUCAAUAGUUCAUUUACCACCUCAUGACCCGCGAACACCCAGGAAUUUGAGGAUCGAAGCGGAAUUUACGGCGAUCACGAAACAAGGUAAGUGCAUCCAUUUUUUUCGCAAGUGUCGUGUCUCGAGUCAUUCUGUGUGUGUUUGUAUACCAAUCUCGAGCCACAUAGCAGGUAAGGGCCAAAAAGAUACUAAUCUCGCGGUAUGUAGGGACUCCUCGAAAAAUUUGUUUGUAAUAUUUUUUUUUGAGGCCCGUAACGAGCGGGUCGUAACAAUCGCUCUCGAAAUUUACAAAUUGGGAUUUUAGGAAAUAUCAGUUUUGUACCGUUAUCAACUUCACACACGUAAAUAUUAUCUUUCAGUUAGAAGUCAUUUUAAUAAAAUUUGUUGCGAUCACUUAAUACAAUCGUAUUUUGUAAAAUAUUUCUUUACCAUCAACAUUUAAUUCUCUAAAUAUUCAAAACCAUCUGAGUGUUCAGAACCAUUGUUGUUGAAUCAUCUAUAACAUUCUGUAGCUCUAUAUUAAGAACAAAUUUUCUCACGAGUUUGCGAUAGAUUUUUGCCUUUUCGGUAAUAAACAAGAAAAUCUGACAAAAAUGUUCUUUAUUUUCUGAGAUUUUCUGACAAAAUCUAACAAUAUUUCACAAAAAAUACUAUGACUAAUUGAUCUCAGCAAAAUCUUAUUAAAAUAAUACCAGAAAUGUCGCUUUUAUAAAAUGA